GGGAAAGGCUGAACUGAUCAGCUGGUCUCUGCAGAUAUCUGACUCCUACAAAACAAUGUAGGGAAAAAGUGCUGAAUGACACAAUUGCCGGGAGGAGAAACACCGGAUCACACAUACCGUUGCGGAACGACCGGAUCUAACGCGGUUGCAAGAUUUUCCCCGGCCUUGCCGCCUGAUUCAGAGAGGAUACGCGCAGGACUGCAGUAUAAUAUUUCCAGUCUCAUUUGUGUUACUGUUUACCUUUGCUGUUUCACAUUUCAGUGAUGCGAAAGCGAAAAGCCAACGAAGAACAUGACAGCUCGUUCACGGGUACACUACUGGACGGCUCCGAUCUGAAGCAGUGCCACAAAAAGACAGACGCUGCUUCUGAUCCAGGAGGCUCUGGGACAGCGAUGGGAAGACGCUGCAGGAGGGGUGGUCUGAUGUGGAGGCUGAGGAGGAUACUGAUCUGGGUGCUGGGAAUCUACAUCGCUAUCCCUGUUAUCAUCAAACUCUGUCCAGCAAUACAAGCAAAAUUAGUAUUUUUAAACUUUGUGCGAGUGCCGUAUUUUAUAGAUCUGAAGAGACCACAGGAUCAGGGCUUGAAUCACACUCACAACUUCUACCUACAGCCGGAGGAAGGAAUCAACAUUGGAGUGUGGCACACAGUACCUACAGUGAUGUGGAGGGAGGCUCAGGCAGAAGAUCCUGAAUGGUACGACAAAAGCUUCCAGUCCAGUCACCCUGUCAUCCUGUAUCUCCAUGGUAAUGCUGGAACAAGAGGAGGGGAUCACAGAGUUCAGCUCUACAAGGUUCUUAGUUCAUUAGGCUACCAUGUAGUCACGUUCGAUUAUAGAGGUUGGGGUGACUCUGAGGGCAGCCCUUCAGAGAAAGGGAUGACGUCAGACGCCCUCUUCCUCUACCAGUGGAUAAAGCAGCGGAUUGGCCAGAAGCCCCUUCACAUCUGGGGUCAUUCACUCGGCACAGGAGUGGCCACUAACCUAGUGAGACGGCUGUGUGACAGGGGAACGCCCCCUGACUCGCUGAUUUUAGAGUCGCCCUUUACCAAUAUCAGAGAGGAAGCCAAGAGCCAUCCCUUCUCUAUGGUUUACAGAUAUCUACCAGGCUUUGACUGGUUCUUCCUGGAUUCAAUUACUGCAAAUGACAUCCAAUUUGCCAGUGAUGAGAAUGUCAAGCACAUAUCCUGUCCGGUUCUGAUCCUGCAUGCAGAAGAUGACACAGUCGUACCUUUCCAGCUGGGAAAGAAGCUGUAUGAUUUGGCGGCUCAGAGUAAGAGUCUGAAUGGACAUAAGGUUCAGUUCAUCCCGUUCUCCAGCUCUCUGGGAUACAGACACAAGUUCAUCUACAAGAGCCCACAGCUACCAAAUAUACUCAGUGAUUUUCUCAGUGCAACGCUUCCUCACAUGUAGUCAAGAUCAUUUUACAUGACUGCCCUCUCUCACACACUGUCAGUCAAACACACACACAAUGUACAUUGUCCGCACCGUGUACAUCAUGUGUACACACACAAGCAUGGACUGAAGAUGCAAGUUCCUUUUGCAUUCCUUUGUUAACACAACCUACGGAGGGAGAAAGUUAUCAUCUUUGAGAGAGUGACAGGACUGGGUGAUUUGUUUCACCGCCUCCUGUUGUCAUGGUGACAGAUCUGAAGGGGCAGCUGGAGCACAAAGUAUGCAAAAUAAUAUGCAAAUAUGCACUGAAAUUAAUGCUUAAGUCAACGAGCCUCUUCAAAGGAAAGAA